CUUUCCCUUCCCACUCGAAGCCAUGGUCUCCGCCACCUCAAGAAACCAACUACUUCCCAUCAUCCAUGAUUUCUCCAAACCUCCCGUCGCUUGUUGACUUGGUUUCGACAAUCACCAUCCUCCACGUCCCCAUACACAUGCGCUCUCCAGUUGUCUACCGCCCAGAAAUCCCACCUCUUUGCUCCGGAGUGAUCCUCCUCCCUAUGAGACACCGCGCUCUUUCCGCGACGACAUGAAGCUGUCCAGAGAAUGGAACCCGAGCCUACCCAUGACUUUGAACACGAGGACCAGUUCUGGGGUGCUCUUGACAAGGCUCUCUCCCAAGAAUGUCACACCCAUAGCGAUAUCGACGACGUCUUGCGAUCCUACCUGAACCUUAUCCACGAAUGUCGCGAUCAAUUCCUGCAGACGGACAACGACCUGGGUCGAUGCGCUUUGUGGUUACAGGAUUCGUCCUUGUUCAGUACACAUGCCGACUAUAUCCGUCGUCAAUUCGUUCAAUGCCUGCUUGAGGACGAUGAGCCACAUGUCAUCCUUAUCGCCACCACCUUCCUCAUCGCCGAUGCACGUUCCCACGAUCGCACAUACGAGCUGCUCAAUGAACAGGGCGCUUUUUGCCGACUUGUGGACUUGAUCCUAAGCCCCAGACGAUAUGGCCAUGAAGAUAUCCAUCGCCUUCUCAUGGAGCUGUUGUAUGAGAUGUCGCGCAUUCAGAAAAUCAAGCCAAGCGAUUUGGCCCAUAUCAGCGACGACUUUAUCAAGAUGCUGUUUGAGAUCAUCGAACAAGUCUCUGACGACGUUAACGACCCCUAUCAUUAUCCCACCAUUCGCGUCCUGCUUGUACUUAACGAACAAUUCAUGGUGGCUGCACAUGGCCCCUCGAGUGACCAAACCGGCGUUCCAUUGACGAAUAAAGUCAUCAAAGUCUUGUCAGCAUAUGGAAGCGCCUAUAAGACUUUUGGCGAGAACAUCAUCUUACUGUUAAACCGCGAAGAUGAGACAUCUUUGCAACUACUCACACUGAAACUUCUGUAUCUACUUUUCACCACUCCUUCCACUUACGAGUACUUCUAUACGAAUGAUGUCCAUGUAUUGGUUGAUAUACUAAUCCGAAACCUUUUGGACUUGCCAGAGGAGGCCUCCUCUUUGCGACACACUUAUCUUCGUGUGUUGUACCCACUUCUCGAACACACACAGCUCCAACACCCGCCGCAUUACAAGCGAGACGAGCUUAGAAAGCUAUUGAUUGUGCUGUCUGGCGGACACUUGAACGGUACUGUCCCCGAUCAAGAAGGCGUACAUUCCUGGGGCCACUUCGAUGCCGUCGACGAGACUACCAAACGUUUGGUGAAACGAUGCCAGGGAGUCACGUGGCUCUUUGAGCCUGAAGGAGAGCAGAUCGAACAGACUGAAAGUCCAACCAGUGAAAACGCUUCUAAUCCAGUUUCUCCCACAUCACCGACAAAGUCUAUCCCACCAGCGUUGCCUGCUCCUCGCAAAUUGAGAAAACGAAUCUCAUCAAAGGGCUCCACUCUCACCAUAGGCCAGUACUUGACCCCACAGCUAGAAGGCGCUCGACAUUCAAGUCUAAGUAUGAUGGAAGUUGCUGCACAAAAAGAAAAGCCAGGCGUCAUCACUCCGAGCCGAAAUCCCGCCUUGAAGCAGAAUCUUCGUGCCGCUAUAAUGCACGAGAAGAAAGAACGACCUCCACUCCCUCAAGCCAGACGAUCAGGCUGGUUGCGGACGAGGGCUGAAUCACAGAUGGGAGACCACCCGCCUCCGCCGGCCGAAAAUGCAGAGCCAGAAGGUAACAUCGAAGCUAUCCAAGUCGACAGUUUAAACACGGUCGAAACCCCACCCCAACAUGAACUUCCUACUAUCGUGCAACAACAUGAAGAGGAUGCUGUUCGAUCGCCAGAAGAUCCCGUCAACAAGGUAGCCAACAAGGGAAGCACACCUCCAGAACUGCCUGCGCCCCGCGGGAGCCACCACCACCACCAUAUAAGACCUCACUUCAAAAAACCGCCUCCCACCCCCAAGGCGCGACGUUGGCGUGGCAAAGGCAAAAAUGAAGACGAAGGCCCAGGCGCUCGAGAACCCGGAAGGUUCAACCCCUCUCUUCCAUCCAUCAUCACAACUACCACAUCCGGCCACAAGAUUCCGGCUCCCUCGCCCUUCUCGCCUCUUCGCAAGGUGCAGGAGAAUUCAGAAUCCCUAUCCCCCGAGGGACGUCACAGCACGUCAAGCGUAUCUGAAGCUUUGUCUCAGGCGCAAGCUAGGGCAGUUGAAGAGGUUACAGAAGCGAUGGAUCAGGUGGAACUCGGUGAAGAGAAAGUGCCGUCGGAGGGACAACUUCCCGACGAGCUCAACCAGAAGGCAAAGAACAACGAGCCGUUUCAUGAUGCUGCGUCGCUCAAGGGAUCGCUGCACAAGACCGGGUCCAUUGUAGAAGAAGACGAGGCUCCGCAACAGUUCCAUGAUGCAGUCCACACUCAACCGGAACGACAACCAAGUCCGAUCCCUCCACCGCUGCCACUGACGAGACCACCGACAUCACGAUCCUUGUCGGCGAGUAAAAUGUUGAGCCAGAGAGCAGGCGCAGAAACCUCGACCACACCGCAGGUAGAGCCAGCGGCGUUACCGUCGAAGCCCAGGGUGGUUCUCACUCCUCCAGGCCAAGAACCGUCACGCGGGGUGCCAGGUCCGCAAUACGCCCUCGAGCGUAGCCCGUUCCUAACGGAUGACGAGAUCGAGGCUGAGGUUGAGAACGACUCCUGAACCAAUCUUGACUCGGGACUUGAGCUUUCCUAACUCGCUAGUCGGAUCAGAUGUCUUGAUUGAUGUAUCGAUAUUCCAACAAUAUGACAUGAUACCAUGUAUGAUUUCCAUUUGGCUCCUUUUCUGAGGGACACAUUGCUGCUAUUUAAGGAACUAGGCGCUAUGGAUACCUCUCUCUGCAUCAUAUAUUCGUUCGCUUUUUUGGAUUCAUCCAGCGCGGCCACAGUGAACAGACACUCGGAUUAGCCUAGAGGUGGAUUGCCUGCCUUAUUUACAGCCGUAAGUCAAGGCUAAGAGUCGGAAUUGGGUCUAGAGCUGGAGCAGGAAAUGGGAAAUGGGAAUGAACAAGAUAUUGGAAUCGGGUGCAUUAAGUAGUCAUGCCGGUCGAGCGAUACGAUCCAUGCUCGACACAAAUGGUUCACAGACCCUGCCUGUCAACCCCGACGUGUUUUCAUGCCAUAAAUGACAGAAACGUCAUCAAAAGGUCUUCUCUGGUUCGGUG